GCAAGAUAUAAAAGUUGAAGGUCUCUGGGAUUUCCCCACGUUUUACCUUCUGCUGCGUCUUGUUCUCAUCCAAAAGAAAAAUGAAGAGACUUGCUUCAGUCCUCGUUUUGCUGGGAGUCUUCUGGGCUCAGACUUCUGCACUGGACACCUUUGUGCUGCGACAGCCUGGCAGUAACUAUGUGACCGGGACCAUGACCAUCCACAGCGAGGAGCACGUCGUCGACGUCCACAUCCGCUCCGGCGUCUACUCCUCUGAUACCAUCUUCGACUACUCCCACGGGUAUAUUGCCACCAGGCUGUUCUCCCGAAAUGCCUGCUUUAUCAUGAAAAUCCAGAAGGAAUACAUCCCAGAGCUGCGAGAGAUCGGCCGGCUGGCUUUCGAGAGGCAGAUGAUGAGGGACGUUUACUCUCCAAAUAACGUGUGGACCCAGUUUCAGUCUGGCAAUUCUGUGCUGGGGCGUUGGAAGGACUGGAUCCUCUAUGGCAAGCACAUCGAGCAGCUCUGCACGGGGCUGCCCCUCUACCAGCUCGUAGCCACUGCACCCCAAUGUCCUCCACUUAAUGGUCAGAUUGCCUACGUGCUCCACAGUGAGAGAAAACCCCAGGUGGUCAUCCUUUCCUACGACCCACCGGUGGAUCUGUGUCUUGUCGAGAGCCUUUGA